AAAGAAAAUGAGGGGUCUAAGUAAAGGAUCGUUUGACUCUAUUCCAAAACUUUAGCAAAUUUUAGUAAGGGAAACCGCUCAAAAUUGCGCAAAGCCAAACAGCGUCCUAUUCCCAGCCUGAAAUCUGUGAAUUUCCAUUUCCCCAUUACUUCUCUGUCCUCUCUCAUAGGCUAAAAUCUUCUUCUCCGCACCGAGACGCCGUCGUAUCUUUCCCCCUCUAGCUCAGGAGUCUGGACACACUCUUCAUCAUGACAGUAACAGUGCAGAGUGCUGCGAUGGGGUUUGAUAUGAUAGGGAUGACUUGGCUUAGCGUAUUCUUAAUUGGGGCGGGCUGUUUUGCUCUAGGAUGCCUAAUCGGUGCCCGGCGUUCCUACCACGCCGCUUUGCGUUUGUCAAAAUGUGCUGAGGUUAACGAUGAAGGGAGGAAGAAGGUUAAUCGGGGUAAACCACAGCUCGAGGUUGAAAAACUAGCUGAAAUUAUCGACGAUUUUAAGAUGGUAUUGGUUGUGAGGAAUGACCUGAAAAUGGGGAAGGGGAAGAUUGCUGCCCAAUGCAGCCAUGCAACUUUGGGGCUGUACAAGAAAAUCCUGAACCGAGCACCAAAAUCUUUAAGCAGAUGGGAAAUGUGUGGGCAGGUUAAGGUGGUGGUGAAAAUUGAAAGUGAAGAUGAUAUGCUUGUUCUACAGGAAAGGGCAAAAUCACUAAACUUACCAACACACGUUACAAUUGAUGCUGGAAGAACACAGAUUGCUCCAAAUUCAAGAACAGUGAUGGCAGUCCUGGGACCAGCUGACCUAGUUGAUGAUGUGACUGGUGGACUGAAACUUUUAUAGUUGCAUAAUCAGAAGGUUGAGAUUCCUUGGCUACGCCUACAUUAUUACUCAGCUUCAAACAGGAAAAUGCGGAAAAACUUCUUGAUGGUGAUGAUGAUGACAAAUUUAACAUGCAAACGGCGAUUUUAUCAGACAUUUUUAUUGUUGCUUCAAAAUUUUCAGGCAAAUGAACUGUAGAUUGUGACCUUACAUGCAGCUUGUUACCUUAUUGUUUUUGAAGGCUUUGGACGCUUUGCAUUAAUAGAGUGUGAAGCAGUAUGUAGUUUUCAGAAUGAACUUUAUAAUCAGUACUGCUGAUCUUUCUUCAAUGUUACGUGAAAUGGAACAUUACUUUU